AUGAAUGGCGAGUCCAAAGCGCCAUCUUCCUUGGAUGCUGUCGAUUAUGAUCCAAUUGAGCAUCUGAACGCCAUCUUCUCCCAUGCUUCAACCCUCACCUCGAUAGGUAGCACAGCUGCCGCCCUGCAAAAGCACCAAGAUGACCUCUCGACAUCGAUAUCCGCCCUCGAGGCCGCGCAAGCACUGAGCGACGACUCGAGCCUGCAGCGCAUGCAGUCCGCGAAAGAGGAGCUAGCCCAGCUAUUCAGCAAGAUCGAAUCGGUCCGUUCAAGGGCGAUAGAGACGGAGCAGACAAUCACGUCCAUGACCGAGGAUAUCAAACGAUUAGAUAGCACGAAGCGGAACCUGACCCUGUCCAUGACAGCUCUCAAGCGGCUGCAGAUGCUGACGACGGCAUACGAACAGUUACGGGGACUGGCAAAGACGAGGCAGUACAAGGAGUGUGCGAGCUUGCUUCAGGCGGUGCUGCAGCUCAUGCGGCAUUUCAAUAGCUAUAGGAGCAUUGACCAGAUUGCUACCUUGAGUCGGAACGUGGCAGAUCUACAGAGAGAGCUCUUGGAGCAGAUCUGCGAGGACUUUGAGAUCUCGUUCGCCAAGGGAGAGGUGGCGGCUAAAAAGAUUGUAUUGGGGGAGGCGUGUUUGGUCACAGAUGCCCUGGGAGACAAUGCGAGGGCAAGACUGGUGACCUGGUAUGUCAACACACAACUGAGGGAGUACCGGCAGGUCUUCAAGGGGAACGAUGAAGCUGGUAGUUUGGACAAUAUUGGGAGGAGAUACAGCUGGUUCAAGCGCAUGCUGAAAACCUAUGAUGAUGAACAUGCUGGAAUAUUUCCGCUGCAGUGGAGAGUCAACGAAAUUCUGGCAAAUGCCUUCUGUGAAGGGACGAGAGACGACUUUAAGGGCAUAUUGGAAAGAAGUAUGAGGCGGCAGGACGGUGGGAAGAUUGAUGUCAACCUUCUACUGAGCUGCCUACAAGAGACUAUGGACUUUGAGCAAGGUCUAGAGAAGAGGUUCGCCAGCGAGCCCCGACAUAGUAUCGAUACACUCGGCUCGAUGGAAGAGAAGCCGCAUACGUUUGAUCGAUCAAUAUCGGAGGCCUUUGAGCCAUAUCUCAGUCUCUGGGUUGCGUCACAAGACAAGCAGCUGGCAACAAUGAUACCGAAAUACCGAAAUCAACCUCUGAUGCCUGAAGACGAAGAAUUCUCAUCUCAGGCCGUCAUACCGUCUUCGAUAGAACUGUUCCACUUCUACAAAUUGACCUUGGCACAAUGUGCAAAACUGUCCACAGGGGAAAGAUUACUGGACCUCUCCAAGACCCUGGCAAAGUAUUUGGACGAGUAUGCACAGCAAGUGCUGCUCUACUUCUUGCAGGUCCCUGGUGGUGCCAGUCUUGAAAACACUAUUCUGGUGCUCAACACAGCAGACUAUUGGCAUGCAAAUACUCAGCAACUCGAAGACAACCUGAAGAAACGGAUAGACGGCGAAUUCGCUUCGAAGGUUGAUCUCUCAUCUCAAUGUGAUACCUUUAUGGGUGUUGCGAGUGCGGCGGUGCUUGCAAUGGUGCAAAAAGUGGAAGCCGUCUGUGAGCCGUCCUGGCGGGAGAUGAGGAACACGAAUUGGAGUAAGAUGGAUAGCGUUGGAGACCAAAGCUCCUUCGUGGCAGAAAUAUUGAGACACAUCAAUAGCAAAGCUGAAGAAAUCCUCCCUUUAGUAACAAAAGCGCAGUAUGCUAGAGCGUUCUGCGACAACCUCGUCGAGCACCUGGCAAAUGCGUACAUUGCAAAUAUUGUGCAGUGCCGGCCUAUUUCCGAGGUUGGUGCCGAGCAGAUGCUGCUUGACAAGUACGUGCUUACCAAGGGCCUCACUACACUCCUCUCACAUUCUCCGUCCGCCGCAUCCUCGUCCACCGCUGCCCAAGCCGGUUUCGUAAAACGAGUCAACCAGAGUAUGGGUCGUCUCGAUCCACUCCUGAAGACCCUCCAAGUACGGCCCUCUCCAGCCGAAGGCCUCGUUCAGGCAUACCUCAUCCACAUUGGCGACCGCUCCGAUACCAAUUUCCGCAAGAUAUUAGAGCUGAAGGGUGUGAGGAAACCAGACCAACCUGCACUCGUCGAAAUGUUUGGAAUGCACAGAGACGGGAAGAGCAACGAGCAACUCGUAGCCAUGAGCCCACUCCUGACGCCCCUCAUGAAUGCUGGCGGUAUCGGUAGCGGCGGUCUAGGUCUCGGCGCCACUGCAGCCGCUUCUGGCAUCCCCAAUCUACAGACGAGAUUUGAUCCCACCGCAUUCGGCGAGAAGCUGUUCAGUGCCGCGCGAGACGGGGUCGAGAGGAUGGGGACGCCUGGUGCUGGGACCGUCGGCGAUAGGAUCGGAGGUCCGUUGAGCGAGGAAGCGAAGGCCACGGUCGAGGGCAACCUGAAGAGCAUUGGCAAAUUCUUCAGGAGGGAUAUGGGUGGCUUUGGAAGCAUCGGCGGGAGGUUUGGGGGUAGCAGUAACGGGUGA